AUGGGAGUGGAGAAGGCGGUGAUGGCGGUGGCCUCGGCUGGUGCCAUACUGGCUAUGGCAGCUUGUCUGAUCGCUAUUCCAAGACUGUACGAGGAGAUCAACGAGAUCCAUAAUAUGGUCCUCGAUGGUGUGGCUGUUUUCCGUGAGGAAACGGAUUCUGCCUGGAUAGAAAUGAUGGAUGUACAGCUGGCAAUUGCGCCAGACUCUAGACGUCCCGAAAAUCCGUUUGACUCCAUAUUCCGGCGCAAAAGACAACCUCUUCCGCCGUGGUGUGUUUGCGAGCUCACGCCGGUCACUUGCCCUCCAGGACCUCCGGGACCUCCGGGACCACCGGGAUUGCCAGGUUGGGUUUGA